AGAUUUUCAAAAAUGAAAUUUAGAAAAAUUUUAAAUUUUUGUCUGGUAAUCUGUGUUAUGUUUCUAGCAGGGCUAUCCUACACCCUGGUUACUCCAAUAUUCCCAGCAGAGGCCUUGACUCGUGGAGUUUCCGUUUCAGAGUCUGGCAUCGUUUUAGGAUCUGCAUUUGUGACAUCUCUAUUCUGUAUUCCCUUCUCCAGCAAAUUGGUAGAUGUAUUUGGUGCAAAGUUUAGUUUCGCUAUUGCAGGCAUCUUGGCUGGUUUUUCAAAUUUUUCAUUUGGAUUUAUUUCUAAUUUACAUCAUCACACUUCAUAUUUCUUGAUAUCCUUGAUUCUACGUGUUCUUUGUGCUACUGGAGAGUCAUUAAUUACAACAAUAGCGUUCCCUUUAGGUAGUGCACAGUUUGAUCAGAAGCAUCAGGGCAAAGUUCUUGCAAUAGUUGAGUCCAGUUUUAGUGUGGGUAUGGUGGCUGGUCCGUCUAUAGGUGGACUACUCUACAAUAUUUGGGGAUUCUCAAUACCCUUCUGGACUACUGGAGGUUUAACAAUAAUAUUGUCGGUAUUAGGACUGAUUCUAAUGCAGCAUAAAGAUGAAAUACACGAGGAAACAUCAACGUUGAAGAGAACAACAUACAAGGAGAUUCUAGGCUGCCCAAGUAUGCUUUCAAGUGUUUUUGUUUAUCUGCUAACUGGGAACUCUUUCUCAUUAUAUUCGGCUUCAAUGGAACCUUAUCUAAUGAAAAGGUUUGGACUGAAUCCUGGAGAGAUUGGUCUCCUGCUAAUGGGGUAUUCACUCUCCAACGCUAUCAUCAGUCCAGUUAUUGGGAUACUUAUGGACUAUGGACUUACACCACUAAAGGGAAUCCUUUUUGGGAACACUUUGAUUGUGACAGCAUUACUAGUAUUAGGUAUUAAUGGUUCUGUUCCUAUGUUUGGCGAGUCUGCCUCUGUGGCCCUCACAUCAAUUGCUCUUCUAGUACAAGGGUCUGGAACAGCGUUUAUAACUAUUGGAUCUAUGAUACAAUUGCUUGGAUGUGUUACAAAGGCUGGGGUUGCAAAUACAGACCAUACAAAGAGUAUGGUGAGCAGUAUAUGGUUGAUGUGCUGGUGUCUCAGUGGAUUUAUAUUUACAACAUCUGGAAGUUAUGCUUACGAUGUAUUAGGAUUUCCUUGGACCUGUAUACUUCAAGCAGUUAUACUAUGCAUACCGUUAUGUUGGAUGUUGUUCAAACUUCUUAGUUCUAAUACAGACAAACAAAUAAUCUUCACAAAGUUGGAUGACAGCAGUGAUAGUGAAGAACUAGCUAUUUACGAGAAAAAUUGUAUCAUGGCAGAACUAAAAUAAUUAAUCAUAUUAAGUCUUAAAAUCAUCGUAAAAAAAUGUUAUAAAUUUGGAUAUCGACAAAUUAAAAUUGCAACAAUAAAAUUUAUGUAAAUAAACAAAUUUUUAAAGCUUGAUGAGUAAGAUAUGAUCCGAGAUUGAACAAAUGUAAUAAAUAUGAAGGCAGCAAUUAUAAACCUCCUGCAUAAUUAGCCUGCAGAAGGAUGGUGUAUCUUUUGACCUACACAAAUCCGCUAUACUCCACAUCUGACUUACACCAAAUCCAAAUCCAUUAUGAAUCAAGUCUCAAUCUUGACACUAGUCUUAACCUGAACCCAAGUAAGCUGCCAAAGUAUGCCGUCAUAAGAGAAAAUGCGGUACGGCUUUCAAUCGACAGAUAUGAAGCGGAGAACAUCCAUCCCCCCCUCCCACUGCACUGACCGGCAAACUGUCGUUUUAGCAGCAGCCUCACUGCUAAUCAAGAUUAAUGAAGUUAAUUAAAUGCAUAUUAAAUCUUGCCAUUGUUCAUAUUAUAAUAUUUUUUUGAAUGAGACAAACACAAUUUUAAAUUCAAACACGAUG